AUGACUACUAAAACCCCCGAUUAUGGAAAAGUUGGAGAGCGGCUAUUGCUCAACUACAUUGAAGCCACAGCCUCUCAGAACCCGGGCAAGCCAGCUGUUCAUCAGCUUCUUAUCCCAGAAGAUGACGAUUCCCAUGAGCCAAGAAUUGUCACUUUGAAUUACCAGCAGUUGGUAAAUUUGAUCAACAAACUAUGCUGGAAAUUACAUAAAGGUGGUCUUACAUCCCAAGCAUCCGUUGCGUACGCCUCGCUCACUCCGUAUUUUACAUAUGGCCUUUGA